GACAAGUCGCUCUUGGUUUUCUUGGUGUGCUUCGGUAUAUUUGUCAACAAUUUCAGGCUGCUGUCAGUGUGCUACAUACACGUAGUGCAUAUUACUGACAGUGCGAGUGUGUGUGCGAAAGUAUUUUAGCUGCGACUUUCUUUUCACUCAUUCGUCGACCAUCAUUACAGUGUUUGUCAUCGUAAUAACAUUUAGCCGCUACCGAUUAGAAUAUUUUUCUUUCUUAAUUUGUUCAUUUUCGUUUGAGAAAUUCUUGUCAUAUUUGUCUACAUUUAAUCAUAACCUAAAUAGUACUAACCGAUUUCGAAAGUGUUCCACAUAAACGAGCGAUAAAAAAAAUGGCAAGUGUACGAUUUUUUCGGGCAGCAACUCUACUUACAAAAACGCAAACAUGUUUUCUGAAAAUCAAUCCAACAGUUGCUGUCGGUGUAAACAAGCGUUACUUAGCAUCUGAUGCGGCGUCGGGUCAAUACAUCAAAACGAAAAAUGUUGACGGUGUGCUCGUUGCCACUUUGGAUGCCCCAAAUGCGAAGGUUAAUUCCUUGGGAGCCGAGAUGCAGGCGGAAUUUGUCAAGAUUUUGCAAGAAAUCGAAACGAAUCCAAGCGUCACCGCUGCGGUUAUCACUUCAGCGAAGCCAGGCUGCUUCGUUGCCGGUGCUGACAUUUCAAUGCUGGAGAAAUGUAAAACAGCCGCCGACGCAACGAAAAUCUCACACGACGGACAAAUUUUGUUUGAACGGCUUGAAAAAAGUUCAAAACCCGUUGUAGCAGCGAUAAAUGGCGUUUGCUUGGGUGGCGGUUUGGAAUUAGCCUUGGCAUGUCAAUAUCGUAUUGCAACGAAAGACAAGAAAACUUCCCUUGGAUUGCCAGAAGUUAUGCUUGGUUUGUUGCCAGGAGCUGGAGGUACUCAACGUUUACCAAAACUCACAUCGGUUCCGACUGCUUUGGAUUUGGCUUUGACAGGGAAAUCAUUGAAAGCCGACAAAGCAAAGAAAUUGGGACUCGUCGACUUGUUGGUCGCUCCUCUUGGCCCAGGAAUUAAAUCAGCCGAAGAAAACACCAUUGAGUAUUUGGAACAAACCGCCAUUCAAGCAGCUAAGGAUUUGGCCAGUGGCAAAUUGAAGGUGGACCGUUCGAAGAAGGGACUCGUUGCCAAACUCACCGAAACCGCAAUCGGUAUUGAAUUCAUUCGCAAUUAUAUUUUCAAAAAAGCCACAGAUCAAGUUAUGAAAUUGUCCGGCGGUUUGUAUCCAGCACCAUUGAAAAUCCUCGAUGUAAUUCGUACUGGCGUUGAAAAGGGUCCAAAAGCUGGUUAUGAAGCUGAACGUAACGGUUUCGGUGAACUGUCGGCCACGCCACAAUCAAAGGGUUUAAUUGGAUUAUUCCGUGGUCAAACUGAGUGCAAAAAGAAUCGUUUUGGCAAUCCACCAAAUCCAGCCAAGACAAUUGGCGUUCUCGGAGCUGGUCUUAUGGGUGCAGGUAUUGUUCAAGUGAGCAUUGACAAGGGAUACAAUGUUGUUUUGAAGGAUACAAACAAUGCUGGUUUGAGUCGUGGUAUUGGACAAAUUCAAAAAGGAUUUGAAACAGCCGUCAAGCGACGCCGUAUAACCGCCAUUCAGCGCGAUCAGUUCUUGUCUAAUCUCGAAACUACACUAAAUUACGAUUCAUUCAAGAAUGCUGAUAUGGUGAUUGAAGCUGUCUUCGAGAACAUUGACAUCAAACACAAAGUAAUUAAGGAAAUUGAAUCGGUUGUACCGAAGCAUUGUGUCGUUGCAACAAACACGAGUGCUAUUCCAAUUACCAAGAUCGCCGCCGGUAGCUCACGACCCGAACAGGUUAUUGGCAUGCACUAUUUCUCACCAGUCGAUAAAAUGCAAUUGCUCGAAAUCAUCACACAUCCAAAGACCUCAAAAGAAACCAUCCAAUCAGCUGUUCAAGUUGGUUUGAAACAAGGCAAAGUUGUCAUCACAGUUGGCGAUGGCCCAGGUUUCUACACAACACGUAUUUUGUCGACCAUGUUGUCAGAAGCCAUUCGUGUGCUGCAAGAGGGUGUCGUUGAUCCGAAAGAAUUGGAUCGUUUGAGUAAAAAAUUCGGUUUCCCAGUGGGUUUGGCCACAUUGGCCGAUGAAGUCGGUAUUGAUGUCGGAUCCCAUAUUUCCGUUGACUUGUCCAAAGCAUUCGGUGAACGAUUUGCCGGUGGUAACAUCGGUGUGAUGGAAGAUUUCGUCAAGGCUGGUUACAUGGGACGUAAAUCGGGCAAAGGUCUAUUCAUCUAUGAAGGCAAAUCGAAGAACCGUGAACUCAAUCAAGGUGCUUUGGAAAUUCUGAAGCAGAAGUACCAACUCACUCCAAAAGGCGCUGACUCAAUCGAAGACAUUCAGUUGCGAUUGGUUUCAAGAUUCGUCAACGAAGCAGUUUUGUGUUUGGAAGAGAAGAUUUUGCACAGCCCAUUGGAAGGUGAUGUUGGUGCAGUGUUUGGCUUGGGUUUCCCACCAUUCACCGGUGGUCCAUUCCGUUGGGUUGAUCAGUAUUCGGCCAGCAAACUAGUCGACAAAAUGCGUGCAUACGCCGACUUGUACGGAGCACCUUUCCAACCAUCUCAAACACUGUUGGAUAUGGCCAAAGAUUCAUCCAAGAAGUUCUACAAGCAGAACUAAAUUCGUUGAACUUCUUUUCUAUUGUUUGUUCCUCUUUUUUAUGAAAAAAAAGCAUGCUACUUCAUUUAUCGGUUCCCCCCCCCCCCUCGAAAGACAUAUUAUUGCUUGGUUGUAAACGAUCCUUUGCAUUUUAAUCUGUUACAUGAAUUUGUUCACAAAAUCCAGAUGAGAGAAAACAAUACAAAACUAAAAAGCUAAAAAUAAAAAAUGGUAAACUUAAGGCACAUUAUAUGCACUGUUUAAUAAAAUAUUGAAAAUAAAUUUAGUUUGAUAUGAAAAUAAA